GCUCGCGCCGCGUGGAGGCCGGGCCCGUUUCACGGUGGGUAGCACCGCAGCGUGGAUGCUGCUUGGUCCCGCCGCGGCCCCCAGGAGCGUGGAGCCCAAGCGGCCGGGCGGGGCCGGGCGGGGGCAACGCUGGGAGCCGCUCCGCCGCCCACCCAGGGCCCUCGGCCAAGGGCAACCUGGGGUCGCGGCCGCACCCUGUGGCCGCGGGCGGCGGACAAAGAGCCAUGCGGGGCUGGGGGACGCAGCGCGGGGCGCGCGGGAGCGGGGGGCCGCAGCGGCGCCGCUGAGCACGGCCCGAGGCGGGGCGGGGCCGGCCGCGAUGCCGUGGUUCCCGGUGAAGAAGAUCCGCAAACAGAUCAAGCUGCUGCUCCUGCUGGUGCUGCUCACCUGCGCCGCGUGGCUCACGUAUGUGCACCUGAGCCUGGUGCGCCAGGGCCGCGCGCUGCGCCAGCGGCUGGGCUACGGGCGAGAAGGUGAAAAGCUGAGCAGUGUGACCGACGGCCGGGGCGUCGGGGUGUCGCUGUCCACACAGAGGGUGGAGGACUCCAGCGAGAGCCGUGAGGAGGAGCAUGUGCCGGAAGGUCAGGACCCAGACGUGCUGUUUCCUGGGGGGGCCCGAAGGCCCUUCUCACUUAACCUCACCCAUCAGGUGCCCCCCUGGCGGGAGGAGUACAAGGGGCAGGUGAAUCUGCAUGUGUUUGAGGACUGGUGUGGUGGCGCCGUGGGCCAUCUGCGGAGGAACCUACACUUCCCGCUCUUCCCUCACACACGCACCACAGUGAAGAAGCUGGCCGUGUCCCCCAAGUGGAAGAACUAUGGCCUCCGGAUCUUCGGCUUCAUCCACCCGGCGAGAGAUGGAGACAUCCAGUUCUCCGUGGCUUCAGAUGACAACUCUGAGUUCUGGCUGAGCCCAAACGAGAGCCCGGCGGGCGCCCAGCUGAUGGCCUUUGUGGGCAAGACUGGCUCCGAGUGGACAGCGCCUGGAGAAUUCACCAAGUUCAGCUCCCAGGUGUCCAAGCCCAGGAGGCUCAUGGCCUCCCGGAGGUACUACUUUGAGCUGCUGCACAAGCAGGAUGACCGCGGCUCGGACCACGUGGAAGUAGGCUGGCGAGCCUUCCUGCCGGGCCUGAAGUUCGAGGUCAUAGGCCCUGCUCACAUCUCCCUGUACACAGAUGAGUCAGCCCUGAAGAUGGACCACGUGGCCCACGUCCCACAGUCCCCAGCCAGUCGCGUCCAGAGGCUCCUGCUGCAGGAGGAGCCCAGAGCCGACAUGCUGCGGCCAGAUCCACGAGACACCUUCUUUCUCACGCCUCGGUUGGAGCCCUCGAGUCUGGAGAAUGUGCUGGAGCCCUGUUCCUACGCCCCCACCUACGUCGUCAAGGACUUUCCUAUCGCAAGAUACCAGGGACUGCAAUUUGUGUACCUGUCCUUCGUUUAUCCCAAUGACCACACGCGCCUCACUCACAUGGAGACGGACAACAAGUGCUUCUACCGCGAGUCACCGCUGUAUCUGGAAAGGUUUGGGUUCUAUAAAUACAUGAAGGUGGACAGGGAGGAAAGGGAGGAAGAUGAAGAGGAGGAGGUGCAGCGCCGAGCCUUCCUCUUCCUCAACCCGGAUGGUGAGUGCCCCCCACCGCCUCCGCCCCCAGCUAGGCCCUCCCGGGCAGGGAGGGGCAGGCAGGCUCUGCAGAUAGCCACAACAGCUGGGGCGAUUUGCAGGAAGAGUCGGGGUUGGGGGCAGGGGAUGCAACCGCCCACUGGAGGAGCUGACCUGGCCCCGCCUCCCAGGCGGUACGCACUUCUGCGCAUCGUGAACGUGGAGAAGCGCAGGGAUUCCGCACGCGGAAGCCGUUUCCUCCUGGAGCUGGAGCUGCAGGAACGCGGAGGCGGCCGCCUGCGCCUGUCUGAGUACGUCUUCCUGCGACUGCCUGGAGCCCGAGCCGGGGACACAGAUGGGGACGGGGAGAGUCCCGAGCCUACUCCUGAGGUCUCAGCGCACCCCGACGGCCGCCCGGAGCUGUGCCGGCCGCUGCGCCUGGCCUGGCGCCAGGAUGUAACGGUACACUUCAUUGUGCCAGUGAAGAACCAGGCACGCUGGGUGGUACAGUUCCUGGCGGACAUGGCCGCGCUGCACGCCCACACCGGAGACUCUCACUUCAGUGUCAUCCUGGUGGACUUUGAGAGCGAGGACAUGGAUGUGGAGCAGGCCCUGUGUGCUGCGCAACUGCCCAGGUACCAAUACCUAAGGCGAACCGGAAACUUUGAGCGCUCUGCUGGGUUGCAAGCUGGAGUGGACGCGGUGGAGGAUGCCAGCAGCAUCGUUUUCCUCUGCGACCUGCAUAUCCACUUCCCCCUCAGCAUCCUGGACAGCAUCCGCAAGCACUGCGUGGAGGGCAAGCUGGCCUUCGCACCUGUGGUCAUGCGUCUGGGCUGCGGGAGCUCGCCUGGGGACCCACAUGGUUACUGGGAGGUGAACGGCUUCGGCCUCUUUGGGAUCUACAAGUCAGACUUUGACCGCGUUGGAGGCAUGAACACUGAGGAAUUCCGAGACCAGUGGGGAGGCGAGGACUGGGAGCUCCUGGACAGGGUCCUGCAGGCAGGGCUGGAGGUGGAGCGGCUCCGACUGCGGAACUUUUACCACCACUACCACUCCAAGCGGGGGAUGUGGGGCACACGCAGCCGGAAGGCCUCCCACAGGGAGGCACCCUGAAGACCAGCGACCCCUCCUGGCCCAGGCUGCAGCGCUGCAGUGGCAGCUGGCAGCCAAGCUCUGAGCUUGGACCCUGGGGACCCGGCGGGGCUCAUCCCAGGGGCACAGCCACCAUCUGUGCCUGGCCCUUCUGGCCCACCCAGGCCACUGCCCCAUUUGUGCCCCUCCCCAGAGAGGCAGCCUUCAUGGCAGGCUGGGGCCCAGGCCUGGUCCCCACGCCCUGUGUGAUGAUUUCUGUGAAAUUCUGCCGUAGCGAUGACCUUGUUUUCAGGAUUUCCAAGAGUUCCAUCAGUUCCAUUUUUUAUUCAGAAUGAAAUGAAAUAUUUUUUUUAGUUCUGA